AUACAGGAGUUAGGAGGCCGCAUCCCUUCUGCGCAUGAGCAACUUAUAGAGCCCAUCUUCGGUUCUAUGUUAUGCUGCUUCAGAAUUUUGAUGAGCAUUUUUCAAGAGAAAAAAAAUAUACACACAGAUGUAGGUAUUUUAAUCUGGCAUUGAUAAUGUCUGACACGUUAAAAGUACAUUAAAAUAUAGAUGGAUUUAACAAUCGCAUCUCCCAUUCGUCAUCGUGACCACGCAUCCUCACAUUGAAGAUGGAUUCAUUGCUUUUUGAAAUUUUAUUUUGUUUCUUGUUCAGUAUCGGCUUUUCUGUACCAGAUAUUAACCAUCGGACAGGUAUUUAUGGUGAUUCCGAUCACUGCAACAAAACUGUAGAUAUUUAUCAAGCUGUGUCGAGUCCACCAGUAACAGAAGCGAACCGAGGAAAGCCACUGCAUUGCAGUUACAAAAUUCGAGUGAGACCCGUCAGGGAUGAUUGGGUAGUGUUCGUCAGAUUCACCAGACUGCGAGUGGGACAACCUAGUAACAAUCGUUCGCAAUGCAUCGGAGGCUAUGUUCAAAUAGUUGAUGGAUAUAAAGAUAGCAAUUACAGCAACAGAGAAUCUCCAGGAUAUUACUGUGGUGACAUAGAUUCUCCAAAAACAUUCAUUUCCGAAACUCCUCAGGUCAAAAUAAUAUUUCACGCAGACAGUUAUGGACCAGAAACUUUCUUACAAUUCGAUGCUAACGUUGAAAAACAAGGAGAAGUUCAUGCUAGGUACGGACAAUUUCCCCAUUUAUAUCCUCACAGAAGGGGCGCACCAGUACCAGGAUCUUACUGUGACAGAGUCUUUCACGAAUGCGCCCCCAGUCGCUGUUUCGUCCAAUCACCUGGAUUUCCGGGAAUUUAUCCACGUAAUCUGCACUGCCGGUACCACGUAAGUGUCCGGCAGUAUUUGGUGGGCCUUGAUUUGACGGCCUUCGAUGUAGAUGGUUUGCGCUGCGACAACCUUCUAAUGUGCUUUCCCAGACCAAUAUCUAAGAUUGCCGAUGAUUGCCCCUUUGAUAUUGUAAAAGUUUAUGAUGGAGCAACUGAUGAAAGUCCUCUCAUUGUCAGCAUUUGUGGUCGUGGGAGAUUGAAGUCAAACAUCAUUGCAUCUGGUCCUGAUAUUUUAGUAGAAUUCAUCACUUCAAACGCGGGUCCACUCUUGAACACCGGAUUUCACUUUAAAGCCGACAGUAUCAUCGAUCCUGAGACAUCAGAACCUUUGCAACUGAGAAACAACAGUUGCUUCGUGGAAAGGUAUUUACCAGAAAAUAAAGAAAGUACGUUUUCCCAUCUACGAUCAUGGUAUCCUCCUAACACAACAUGUGCAUACAAGUUUUACACAACAUCUGAAGACGUCAUCAGACUUGAUUUCUUGCUGUUUCGCAUAGAAAGGUUCACACUAUGCGAAGAAUCCAUUAAGUUAUACGAUGCUUCUGAACCAAAUCCCACCAAAAUCAUCACCAAACUCUGCGACAUGAACAAAGCUCAAGCGAUGUACGAGUCUACUGGUCCUUCUCUCUACGUCGAAUUUGUAAGCACACGUGGAUCCCUUGAUGGUUCAUCAAUAAGUUAUGAAUUUCAAGUAAAGUCGGUCGGAGCCUCCUCUUUAGAAAGUGGGCAUGCUUGUAGCCGCAUUUUCGAUCACGAUGGACAGUUGACGUUUCCACUACACGAACUAAAUUCUACAAGUCAACCUGUAACGUGUAACUACACGCUAGAUGCUACUUCUUACAUGCACGGCAGAAUUAAUUUAAGCUUAGAUUUGCCAUUUGAGAAGUUGACAAGAUUUUGUCUCGACUGCAAGCUGGAAACUAUUAUUUUAGAGAUUACCGGAGCAACCCUAGAUGACACUCCACUGUGUUUCUGCCACAUCAGCCGAAAACGAAAUGUAAAUAUUGUGUCUGUAGCGUCUGUAGUGGUUAUUACACUUCGUACAAACCCACCUUCUUCAGAACAGAAAAUUCUGCCAAUGACGCCAAGUAAUUCCAAAAACUCGAAUUCCAAAGACAUUACGGGAAAUUUCACUUUCUUCAGUGAUGUCCGUUGUGGACCAGAAAUCCUUAAAUUAGAUUUGCAAGGAUCCAUCACCUUCCCAUCAUUUCAAGAGAAUGAUAUUCCAGGACCUGUGCGAUGUAUUUGGCAGGUUCCCUUACUCCCAGGAAAAGAUGCCGGCUUUAGACUGGAGAAUUUUCUCGGUAACAAUUGCAGCUUUGAUUAUUUGAAAGUGAACCAUGUUCUUCUUUGUCCAACUCUUGCUGAACAUUCAUUUGUGGUUCAAAGAGAGGAUAUUAAAAGUUCAAAUGUAAUUUUGGACUUGCGAGCCAGUGAAGCGUCUGAAAUAAACUUUACUCUCUGGUGGACGCAGCUUAGAGUGUUACCAGCACCAUCGACUGCGUCUGACUAUUCGCUUAUGUCUUUGGGAAAAGAAUGCGAAUUUUUGUGCGCAGCUUCAAUGACGUGCAUUCGAAAAGAACUUGUAUGUAAUGGUAUUCCAAACUGUCCAAGAAGUAAAGACACCCCUUUCAGAUUAUACGCCCCUGAUGAAGAACCUUCUAUGUGCUUAACUGGAAGGCACAAUUUGCAGUUGCAUUGGUGGGUUGUGGGAUUUGGACUUGCGAUAUGCGCAUGCAUUCUGAUAGGUGUCAUUUAUUCAGUAUUUAAAAGAUGCCAAAACCGUAGAGAACGGUUUUAAAGGAUAUAAGUUGGACUUUCUAUUAAAAAUGUAAAUUUUUAUUGAACUUUGAAAUGGUGCUUUGUUUUAAAUUAAAAUUUCUUUUUUUA